UGGAUUUUACACGGUACAUUCUAUCUGUUCUGGAGAUAUCAUUAAAAUCAGAGACAGGAAGAUUCACAAUGAGAAGCAGCUCAUGGACAUCACUAAGUGCCCUCCUAUCGCUGGCCACCAUGAUGUGUUAUGCUGAAGAAACCUGUCCAGAUGUGAAGCUUAUUGGCGUUGGCGAGUCGGACAAGCUGGCCAUUUUGCGAGGAUGUCCGGGAAUUCCUGGAACACAAGGAAUGCAGGGAGUGCAAGGACCGGCAGGACCUAAAGGGGAAAAAGGCUCGCCUGGAAUUCCUGGGAAGAUAGGACCCACGGGGGUUAAAGGUGAUAAAGGGGCCCCAGGUGCCCAAGGGCUAAAAGGUAACAAGGGAGAUCCCGGUGUACCGGCCCCUGGAACUGCCCAGAACUGUAAGGAGCUCUUGGACUAUGGAGCUUCUCUGAGCGGUUGGUACACAGUAUACACAAGCAAUGGGCUUCCUCUCACUGUGUAUUGUGACAUGGAGACUGACGGAGGAGGAUGGCUAGUUUUCCAGAGAAGGAUGGAUGGGUCGGUGGAUUUUUUCCGAGACUGGAAUUCCUACAAGCGAGGUUUUGGUCACCAGGCCAGUGAGUUCUGGCUGGGGAACGAUCAUAUUCACCAACUUACAUCUACAGGAACAUACGAACUCCGAUUUGAUCUCACAGAUUUUGAAAACCUCCUCACGUACGCUACAUACAGCAACUUCAAAAUCACUGGGGAAAAUCUGAACUACACUCUGAGUUUGGGAAAAUUCACAGGAGGGUCAGCAGGUGACUCAUUUUACAGCCACAGAAACACAGCAUUUUCUACUAAAGAUAGAGAUAAUGACCGCCGUGUCGUGGGCAGCUGUGCUAAUAUUUAUAAAGGUGCCUGGUGGUAUACAGAGUGUCAUGUAUCGAACCUGAAUGGGCUGUACCUGCGCGGCAAUCACAGUAGCUUUGCCAAUGGGGUUAACUGGAGGUCAGGCCGAGGAUACAAUUAUUCGUACAAGAUUUCUGAAUUGAAGAUGCGGCCUCAAUCCGAGAAGUAACGACGUCCGAUAGCCGAUUGAUGGUUUGGCAAAUGAAUUACUACUUAUAACUGGGUGCUUCAAUAACUCCAGCCGUUCUAGUGAGAACACUUCUAUUGAAGCCAUCUUUAGAUAUUUGAGUAACCACCUAUGGUAGAAGGUUGUUUACUGUGUGAGAAUUGUCAGCAAUUCAAAGUGAAUUAAAACAUUUAGGACAAAAUCACUGUUUUAAAAUAAGUCUCCGAAUCAUUUCUGUUUUCAGUUUUCUGUUCUGGGCUUUACCUUAGAUUUCACCUUGAACGUAGUUUGAAUUCCUGGCAAAUCUCACGUAACCCCGUCUUUUUCAGUGACCCCCACAUUCUAUAACUUAUAAUAACUGCAUU